CGAAAGUGGCUGAAUUACUAGAGAAUACAAAGAGUGAUUAGUGCAUAACAAAAUUUGAUGAGGAAUGUAAUGAUAGUCCUCCAGAAAUUAGACCAUGAUACCUGACAUUGAUAAUAAGUAUCAAAUCAACAUAGCUAAGUUGUCAAAUGAAAAAAGCAAGACAGUUUACAAUUACGCAGUCCACAGGAACACGAAGGUUGGGGAGACAAUCAAAAAUUAUAUUAUCUAAGCUCAGAAUAGAGUCAAUCAGAGGAGAAGACAAAUAAAACCGAUUCGAUUCAAAACUUAACAAUCAACGAGAACUGAGACAAGUGCUGAACGUUCAUACAAUAUAUGUCCUUAACACUCUAUUUAUCUUAACAAUCGUAAAUCUGUUAGAACAAGUUCUGUGAUAGGAGCCAUUAAAACAUAAUAGUCGAAUUCACAAUUGAGUUUCUAUAAGAAAAGCUCAGUGCCCAAACUGAUCACUAAACGAAACACUUU